GGCAAACACAAAUCGGAGAGAACUGUCGAACGCCACGGACCGACUCUGUCUGACAGUCGCUGCCCGUCGUCGUGCAUCGUUGAAUCCCGUUUGUUGGAAGCAGCAGUGAUUAUGCAGUAGUAGUGCUACAGAGUAAGCAAAAACAGACGGAACCAAAAAAAAAACUCCGUCUCGGUGGAAUCGAGUGAAAAAUUUUGCACCAAAUCACAACAGAAGUAGAGUAUGAUGUCCUCUUUAGUAAAAAUAGCUGCGUUACUGCAGUGCCAGUGAACGGAGUGGGUGGAUUUUGCCCCUCAGUUAGUUAGUGAAUGAUCGAAGAAUCGUGGCUGCCAAGUAAUCUGGUGACGAUGGAAAAAUUCAGUGUGUAAAUAAACAUCAAAUUCGAUGGGUGUUUUUCCCGAUUUUCAACCAACCACAGCAAGCCAAACCGCAGUGGUGAUGGUGGAGAAAAUUGAUUGUUUCAGUGAAAACGCACUUUUUUCGUCGAAAAAAUAAAGCAAUUCAAACUUAAGUUUUGUGAAAACAGUGGUGCGACGUGGAAUAGGGGCGAUUCCCCUGGCUGGUGAAUCAGUUUUUCACUGGCACAGAGAUUGUAUAUAGAUCAGAUUAGCUUCGAACCGAGUGUCUGAUGUACUGAUAUGAAUGUGUUGUCCUAGAUGAGGCGAAGAAGGCGUUCCGAGUCGUAUACGUACGUCUACAAUUUGCUUUUAUUGGAGUAAUUUCUUUCUUAUCUUAUUUUUGAGUUAAGCCUGUUUUUUUUUCUUGUGUUCAGUUUGAUCGUCCGGAGAUCACAAAGCACAGUACAUCCAAUUGGCAGUGCAUGUGUAGCUUUUGCUCUGGGAGGUUCUAGUAGAAAUACGGACGCUGACGUACGUACGUUGUUCGCAGUCCGGCCGCCAAUGUCGACCGAGACCGAGUAUACAAAGUUGCUUCCGACUGUAGUCCCUUGUUUGGUCUCGAGGUCAGCAGGCAGCUGUGAGAUAUCAAUAACACAAAGUAACUUCGCUCACCCGCAUCAUCCUCAUCAAAACAACAUCAUCAGUCUGAUGGGAUAGAGCAAGAGGACGGCAAACGACGGUUCGUGUUCGUAGCAAUCGAAACAAAUAGAAGAAUUUGUCGAAAUAGUAGAUUCCAAGCAUGGAUUGGAUCAUCAACGACGAACUGGGGCUGACCGUUGGCCACGUUGUGGGCUACGUGUCGGCCUCAUUCAUGGUCGUUGGCGGUGUGCUACCGUACAUUCCGCAGUACAAACAGAUCAAGCAGACCCAGGAUGCCGAGGGCUUCUCGCUGCACGUAUGCCUGGCGCUACUCAUAGCCAACAGUUUGAGGAUUUUGUUCUGGUUUUCCAGCCGGUUCGAAAUCCCUCUGCUGGUGCAGAGUGUCGUAAUGAAUAUAACCAUGUUUAUAAUGAUUCACCUGUGUGUGACGGUGCGGCGUAACAAUGCCAUCAUGCGAACCAGGGAGCGAGUGUUUUCAGGAGAUGAAACACUGCUGGGGACCCGAGAAUCUAUUAAUAGAGCCAUCGACGAGCACGCUAAGAGCGAUGGCGUAAUUAGCAAUCGUGCCGGAGUCCCGUACUCAGCAGCACUGGCUGCCUGUGGUUCCGGAUCGUCAACCGAAGGAGUCAGUAAACUGACCAACAGCACCACUAUCGGGAUUGGAUCCGUCUUACCCACCCUAGUACCGGCAGCGAGUGGUGGUGGCGGUGGCGGCAGCGGCCCGGGACUAAAGAAAUCUCGAUCCCGGCACUACAUUAUCGAUUUCGACUCACGAUACUUCUGGAGUUGGACGGACUUCCAGUCAUACUUGGACUUUAUGCUAGUGGUGUGGGUAGUCGGAGCGGCCAUCACCUAUUUGAUGCUGUCCGUGACCUGGUUCAUGGAAACCAUCGGAUUUUUCGCUGUUUUCACCGAGGCUAUGCUGGGUGCACCCCAGUUCCUCAGGAACUACAAAAAUAAGUCCACGCACGGUAUGAGCAUCUGCAUGGUAAUCAUGUGGACUGCCGGUGAUAUGUUCAAGACUGGUUACUUUAUCUUUAGGCACGCGCCGACGCAGUUCUGGAUCUGCGGUACACUACAGGUCAGCCUCGAUCUUGCCAUCCUGCUGCAGGUGUACAUCUAUCGGAAAAAUCCACCGCGUAGUAGCCACCGCGGUGACUAGCAGUUUGCCCCCCAAAAUAUUCAAAAUGGCAACGGUACCCACAACAUUAUCAACAACUCCGGCAAUCAUUUCAACAGCACUAACAUAAUCAAAACCAACAGCUGCACACAAACCGUACCACCGUCUUUGGUUACACGUUGCGACCAGCACACCCAUCGUUCCGGCUCCAUCCUCGGUGGAUCCCGAGUAAAAGUUGCCUACUCGUCGUCUCCCGCUGCUUCCUCAUUCUACAGUUCCGCCAUUAGCGCCGGUCCCGUUCAAACCGACUGUUCACUAUCCCUCCGAUCGACCGUGACGCCACACCGGCAUCAGCUGACUUCACGCUUCCAACACUCUAAAUCACAUUCGAUAUCCGGUUCCCGAGAGACCACACCGGUGCGGAUCAUCGAUGGCGCUUGCCAGCGAAGGGCCAAUUCGGAAAAGUUUGACCGUCAAAAAACUGCAUCGCUGCCAUUGCCCAAACGCAGACAGUUGAGUUUGAUGAGUGCCAAUUCCGGAAACGAUUCCAAGCAUGAGGGCGGCACCGGUACAGCGAUCGUUAGGCCAAAGACCCGCGGGCAUGUACUGAAUGAGGAUAUGUUCAAUUUGAGCAGCGCUGCAGACAACUGUUCGUUCGUUACAAUCACCGGAAAUGCUUUCAGCAAUCGUCGAGAUUCCAAUUGUACCUUGAACAGCAAUAGUUACAAGGAACAGUACAUUCUAGGUAGUAACUAUAACAAUAACAUUAACCGACACAGUCGGGAACACUAUGAUUCGAUGUUGAUACCGGUGUCGUUACGGCGCAAAAGUGGUCCCUCCAAUGAAGGUGGUGACACCAGAGAUUACAUUAUAACACAUAACAAACUAACAGAUGACAAUGAAUCCGCAGCUGUCGAACCGGAACCACACCACUAUGCAACUAAUUCUAAAUCUCUGGAGGAUAUCUUAUGACGACACGCAGCACUGGUCCUUUGGCCAGUGCUGGGACAGGAACAGAUUGUGGAGCUGCAGGGUGAGCAAUCGAAACGACAGCAACAGUCGGCAACGUCGACCAUAUCAAACAAUGAAUCUCGCACGAUGCGCUCAGUGGAGACGCAAACCGAACUGCUCGAAUGCAGCGGUGACGAGGGAGCCAGUAGCGAAGACGCCGUCAGUGUUACCGACGAUGAGCUGGGAGAACAUGGUACCACGGGAGCUGACGAUGUUGGAUGCCAAGAUGAACGGGACGGCAAAGAUGACGAAGACGAUGAGUACGAAGAUAUUCUUGGGGAGGACACGAAGCUAAAAAACAUCAAAAGACUUAACUGUAGCAAUUUGUUUAAUUUCAACAAACUCGAGCUCUUAAAUGAGCGCUGCUCUGUGGUCACAGUUGGGAAACAAAUCACUGAUAGCAGCCGGAAUCUGUGCGAACACGAACUGCACGUGGCAAUCGAUGAGGAUCUGAAAGCUGCUGGACAUCCAACCGUCGUCGUGACGGGUGUGACAGCAGGAGAGGGAAAACGGACUUUGGAAGAUGCCGCUAGCUCGAACUCGGUCAUCUUCAUCCAGGAGAGUCCGGAAGUGAUAUUAUAGCAGUGGCAUUUCUCUUUUCAUUUUGAAAUCGUUAUUUAUUUGUAGAUAAUGUAGAAAGAGAAAUAUGAUUGUUAGUAACCUUGAACCCUUUCUCCCUGCAGUAGUGAACCAGAGUCCGCCAGUGAUUCGGAUGUACUGGCACAGACAGAAGUGAUCUAUUUUUGUACCAAAAAAGUAACAAACAUUUACAGAAUCUAUUAGAUCUAUUUAAUGGCAACCCAAUUGGAUGUACAAGAAAAUCAAAAAAACGAUGACGUUUGUUCCCCUUUCGUGAUAAUUUUAGCUUCAUCUUUAUGAGUCCCAAAAUGCACCCAAUCAUCUUCUCAUCCUCGUGAAUCCUUUAUACACUAAGCAAUCAACUGUUCCAUUGAAACAAAAAAAAAUGAUGCCAUUAGCAAUAUUUUGGGGGGUUGUAACAAUCAACCCGACUUUCAUCGACUAGGUUAAUGAGAAAAGUCCAACAACUUUGAUUUAAGUAAGACUUUUUGCCUUCAACUACGCUUUUCGACACUAACUAGCUAAACUGAGAAAAUGAAUUUCUAUUAAACUAAAGACAGGGAAACCACUACAUUUAACUGAGUUUCUUUUUGUUCAAUCUAGUCUGUAAUAAGUUCAGCAAACUUAAGUUCUUAAACCAAAAUCUAACAUGCAAUAUAUGCCGAGAAAAAACGUUUCACUGUCAAAUUAUGUGUAUUUUUGACGAGAAAAAAAAGAAGAAUAUUCAACUGUAGAUUGAUAGUUCCGAGUUUCAGAAAUGAAAAAAAAUGACCAAAUACUAACACUACUUUACAACUGAAUGGGCUGAGAAUGCUGUUAAAAAUUCCAUGUAUUACAUGUCAUAUAUGCGAGAGCCUUGGCUAACAAAAAGCAUUUAUACAACAUUUGUUUGGAUAAUUUGAAAUUUAGCUAAAAAAAAUUAGGAAUAAGAAAUAGACAAAAAAAAUAUAGCAAGUGCUUCUGGACGAUUUGACUACUACUGCUUCCAUCGAAUAAUCCUUUUCUUCGGUUUCGUCGUUUUAGGCGAACUUACUUUCAACCGAACACCGUUACUUUCAAUUAAGCACGGACUGCACGUACUAAUUAGCAAUUGAAAAAGCUUCCAAGCCCGAUGAGACUCCGAAUGCACUAUUUAUUACCACUGGUGAAAAGUAAGUUAGUUAUUAGAUCUACCGUUGCACGAAAAUAAAACAAACAAACAAAAAAACAUAUAUCUAGAAAACAAAAAACAC